AUGACAUCCACUGAAACCUCACCUCCCCCACACUUCAACGGAGAAAAUUUCCAUGUAUGGGCAAUCAAAAUGAGAGCCCAUCUGAAAGCCUUAAGUUGGUGGGAUGUUAUUAUGGAUGACAACGAUCCUCCUCCACUAGGGGACACUGCCACUUUAAACCAAAGCAGAAGGCACAAGGAAGAUAAGGCCAAGAAACCAAAGGCUAUUGCUUGCCUUUUCUCCGCUGUCUCGGAUAGGGUAUUUUCAAGGAUUAUGAACUUCGAAUCACCAAAGGUUGUUUGGGAGAAACUGAAGGAAGAGUUUGAUGGGGGAGUCAGAAGUAGGAAGAUGAAAAUCUUGAGACUGAAGAGUGAGUUUGCAUUACUCAGAAUGCAGAAAAAUGAAUCAGUGAAGGACUAUACCUCCAAACUCUCGGAUGUGAUAAACAAAAUGAGGCUACUUGGGGAGGAUUUUCCAGAAUCAAGGGUGGUAGAGCAGAUUCUUAUUGGCUUACCCUCCUAA